CUCUUACCUCUUCUCUUCUGUUCCUCACAGCAUGUGAUUGCCAUCCCGUGGGUGCUGCUGGCAAAACCUGUAACCAAACCACGGCCAAUGUCCCUGUAAAGACGGCGUGACUGGUAUCACGUGCAACCGCUGCGCUAAAGGCUACCAGCAGAGCCGCUCGCCCAUUGCCCCCUGCAUAAAGAUUCCCGUUGCUCCUCCGACAACAACAGCCAGCAGUACAGAGGAGCCAGCAGACUGUGACUCCUAUUGCAAGGCGUCGAAAGGCAAACUGAAGAUCAACAUGAAGAAAUACUGCAAGAAAGAUUACGCUGUCCAGGUGCACAUUCUGAAGGCGGACAAGGCGGGCGAGUGGUGGAAGUUUACCGUCAACAUCAUCUCUGUCUACAAGCAGGGCGAGAGCCGCAUCCGCCGCGGUGACCAGUUCCUGUGGGUCAGGGCCAAGGAUGUGGCGUGCAAGUGUCCAAAGAUCAAGACCGGGAAGAAGUACCUGCUCCUGGGUAACGACGAGGAUUCUCCAGGGCAGUCUGGAGUGGUAGCCGAUAAGGGCUCCCUGGUCAUCCAGUGGAGAGACACAUGGGCCCGUCGGCUGAGGAAGUUCCAGCAACGUGAGAAGAAAGGCAAGUGCAAGAAGGCAUAGGCGGAAAGGACGGACGACGCCUGGAGCGAGGGAAUGGAACACGGGACAGGAGAAAGCAUGAGUGGGUGUUGAAAAAGGAGGAGAGGAGAGAGAGGGAGACUGAGGAAGGACAGAAAGGGACUGUGCGUUGUCGCUACUUUUUCGAGUAGAAGCAUGAAGAGAAUAUUAUUAAGAAUAUUUUUUCUAGUGGACUUUUGUGAAGGAGGUCACGCUGCAGGUGUUAUUGCUUCGUUGUUUUUGCAUUCGAGAUUUGUCUCUGUGGAUUUGCCAAGUUUGCACCUAUUACCAGUUUAUAUAAAGUUAUUUGUGUUCAGUUAAAAAAAAAUUCAUAUUGAUAUUUCAUAGCCCGAUUUUAUUAGCAUUUUGUGCUGGUGCGAAGACACCACAAAUCAAGCUACUGCAUUAUCACAAGCUGUUUUCUGUAGUUUUUAGGGUUAGCUAAUAAUAUCAAUUGUGUAUACUGGCAGUGCAGCAAAUGCUUAGGUUUACUCUAUUCAGAAAAAGUGCCAUAAAAUAACAUUGGUUCUGCGCCUUGGAAAUGCACGUUUCAUGUAUUAUCAAAUAAGUUGCCUUUCGUUUCACCUGGUCGUAUGUGUAUGUAACCUAAAACACACAUUUUCAUAGCACAGUUACUAGCUAUGUUCUUUUUCUAUAUCACGGGUGUGACAUAUUGUACGUUUGAUUGAAUGUUGGAUUGAAAGUUGGCCCCUAGAUUCAGACAGUGAAAUGGCAAGAAAGAAAAUGAAUGUCCAUUCCUAAAGGUCUACAAAAUAUUUGACUCCAGCAUUGUUAACUAAGCUUAAUCAAGGAUAUUAUUUUAAUCUACACAUUUUUUGUUUGUCCGGUUGACUUAAGUUUCAGUAUUCAGAAUGAUCUUAAAUGAAUGAAUGUUCAUUGUGAAUUGUCGUGGUUAACACACUCUUGUACAGUUUCAAACUGCAUGUCAACCUUUCUCCAAAAAGGCUGGUUAUUAUGUCACAUAUAUGGUGUCCAUAUUAGGACAGUGUCAGGUGAGUUGAUGUCCUAAUAUGGACACGGUAUCUUACUCUCUUUUUGACUGGUGCUGCUGUCUAAUUUCAUGAUUAGUGUUUUUAAUAAUCAUUUUGCUGUAUUCCCAAGAAGACGGACUGCAUUCAAAAUGUCUGGGAUUUCACAAAGACUCACGCUAUUAGACCAAUAACAAUCAGAUUUCAAUUUAGGAUCUUCAGUCUCUAUUUAGGAUCACCAUACUUGCUUUAACAUUUUAUUAACGUUUGGUUAAAUUAUACUGAACAAAAAUAUAAGCGCAACAUGCAACAAUUUGAAUGAUUUUACUGAGUUACAGUUCAUAUAAG